GUAGUCAUCGGAAUAAAUGCUAUUGGGAGACGUUUACGAAUUUGGCUUCGGCUUAUCAUAUUUUUAGAGCCAAUUUAUAUACGUAUUUUCCAAGAUGAGUAACAACUUACUGCUCAGUGUCGGAGACAAUAUAUUAAGCAAGGGCAACCUACAGGACUUAAAUGUGCCCCCUGUGGGACGCAUCAAUGAUAUACGCGAAUACAUGUCCAAUCCAGAAAACUUUAAUGGCAAUAUAAAUGAAUUAACCGAACGCCUGGAAGCAGAUGCAGAACAAUGCCGCAAUAUCAUAAAAAUCUUAAAGGACAGGAUCAACUUGAAGAUAGCCACCUUGAAGAAGAUUAGGGAGGAUGUGUUGCAAUUGAAUUCGGAGGUCCAGAAGCCCGGCGCGGAAAUUCGUUUUGUGACUAAGCGCGAGAAAGUAAAACUGCAUUUUCUAGACGAGGCAGAAACUAAGGAAUACUUUGUACAAGAGGCCCUGGAACGGUAUAGCGUGAAGAUGAGUUUCCUCUAUGGCGAGAUACUGUCCUUGGACAGCGAUGUGGACCAUGUCACCUAUCUGGAGGGAGUUUCCAAGAUGAACGUCAAGUAUGUAAGGGAUUGGUAUAGAACUGAGAUGCAGGAUAAAAACAAGAAACCACUUCCCGAAUCUGUCGGCCAUACAGUAGGGCAAUGAGGGGCUUAGGAGACUAAGCAAAAAUUAUUCUCCUUAAGGCUUUAAAGCUAAUGUUAUUUUAUUAACAACAUCUCAAGGUCGUUGAAUGUCUCGAAAAUUGUGCCUUUAGCAAAUUAAAAUUUUGAUAAUAUUGCUUGUGACGAAAUAAAGAAGGGGUAUAAAUUAAAA